AUGGAAGGGUUCUUGCUAGGUAAACUUGACGACUGGUUAGCAGAUCAAAGGGCGACCAACAGUGCAAAGUCCGAUGUUGAAGUGAAGCUAACGAAGCAAUUGUUUGCCUUGGCCAAGGAAGAAGAAGACGAGCUAGGGAACUUGCUCUCAAAGUCUGUUUAUUGGAAGACCUUGAAGAUUACAGCCUGGUCAUUACGGUUCCUCAGAAAGGUUCGGUGUGCGAAAGAACGAGGAAUUGAAUGUCCUCUCACAACCUGUGAUUUAGAGAAACUCGUUUGAUCAUGAAAGCCCAGUUGCAACUUAAGUUACAAGGAAACAAAGAUGUUGUUGUUUUAGAGUGCAGAGGAUGAGUUCAAGGGUUUUUCCGAUUCAUCAUUGUUAGCAUGGAAGUUUGUCGAACAUUCUCACAAGACUAUAACAGUUAGUGGAUUAACGAUGUGA